AUGUUCCACUUCUUCAACUUGAACACAAAUAUUUUUAGGUCUGUAAAACGUUCUUUGGUUUGACUUUGCAGUUGGAAUCAUGCAGGACUCGGCUUGUUCAAUGAAUUUCGAAUCCGGAAUGCAUAGAUUCAGGAGAUUUCCUAAUGAAAAUCUUUCCACUUUUUCGUGGUUCUGUUCGUCUAAACUCUGCAAAAAUUGGUUCAACCUCUCAGAAAAAUGUUUCCAGAUUUGUUCAAUAUAUUACUUUUACACAAUAUCAUUUUCAUUAGUUCUUUUUACAAUCUAACUUUGUUAAAAAACGUAAAACUUCGUGAUUAUUCUAAAACGGCGCUUUUUUCAUUUUAUUAACAUGAACGCGUUGGGCUAGUGUGGAAGGGUGAUGAGAGUGACAAGCGUGCGAUCAGAGACGCAGAGGAAGAGAGGACCUGUCAUUGUUAUUUUCUCCUUAACCUUUAGUUAACUUUUCUCGAACUGGAUCAUGUUUACAGAGUAUGUGUAAACAAAUAAUUCUCUCUUGUUUUCAGUUUAUUCGUCGCAAAAAUGGCUGCUCAAACGAUAAAUAUAAGAAGCAAAGAGAGAGAAAUCGAAUUGGAUUUGCCGGAUAACACCAUCACUAAAAGCUCCAUAAAAUCUGCGUUGUUGCUUACUGACGAUGCGAUUGUUUCCCUUUCCUACGAGCUAAAUGGUCGUCGCAAAUUUUGUCGGUAAGUUACAGUUUGAUUUGUUUCUGAUUGUGUCUUAUUUAAUUUAGUGUCAAUGAAUCUGGAACGACUUUCCUCCUUCCUGACCAAUUUCCAACUCUUCGAUUCUCUGUAGAAUCUGACAAGACAUCCUCUCAAUCUAGUUCUUCCUUAAGUUUUUAAAAGGUAUCCAUGAUUUAAGAUUCGAAUUUAUUAUUUUAUGUUAACCAUCUUUAAUUUGUAGAUUUUCAUGUAAAAAUUGGGAUUUUUACUUAUAAUAUUCAUUUCAGGGCGUUUGUCUGGCUCUCAUCGGGAGCGUUCUGAGUCACCUUACGUCCUCGAUGGUAUUAUAUUUCGAAUGGUCUAACAAUUUAUUGCUAGUUUUCAGAGAAAUUGGCAGACGAGCUCCGCACCCGUCUGUUUUUCAUCCCUCGAGGACAGAAAGCUCUUCAAGAUGAAAAGAAAACUUCUGCCGAGCUUGUACGAGAAUGUGUCAUUGAUGGUGGUUGCGUAUCGCCUAUUUCGUCAAGGGCGGCUGUGACCUAUGCGCACAAGUCACACAAAAUAUUACAAGAGUAUGUCGAAGGACAGAAUGAAGAAGUCAAUAAGCAUAGUCUUGUUGAAAUUAGGAAUGCUCAGGAUCACAGUAUUCGACAUAAAAUGAAAGUAUCUUAAAAUAAUGUUUUUUUAUAACUAAUUCAAUAUAUUGUAGGUCAUUGUUGUCGACACUCAUCACGACUUUGUGAUUUUACGCUCAGUGGACGGAAAGGAGAUUUUCGAAGACUAUCCUUAUUCCAAGCGCUCACCGAAGACUUUUGAGUCGUUUAUCGGGUUUGGUCUAAGUCAUGAGACUGAAGAUGGGCAGCAAAUUACUCAUCGAAAUGGUCGGAUAUGUUCUGAUUCCGUGGACCACAGAGGACGUUUCUUGGCCAGUACUUCGAUUGAUGCCGGAGACUCCGGAGGCCCAUGCUACUCUGCUGAUCGCGCUCUCAUUGGCAUUAUGGUGGCUUCAACAACAACAGAUCCAUGGCUCAGAACAGAAUGUGAUCGAGAAAGCAUCGAAGAAGAACUUAUCAAGGCUCCUUCUCAUCCAGCUGACACCUGGAUCACUCCAGCUCCUUUUAUCGCGGAAGCCUAUAAGGUAAUUUAUUUUUAAAGUCUAUAUAUUCACAUAUAAUAUUUUUUUAGAAUUAUCAAGUGAAGCAUGGUAUUCUGCUAGCUCGACCAGAGAGGAGUCUGAGAGAACCGAAAGCAAAGCGCCGAGCAAUGGACACUUUAUGA